CCGACACGUAGCAAUCAAUCAUGUACUUAUUCCUGCUACUUUUCUUAGGAAUCAGUUCCGCCUUGCUCGAGGACAAAGAACCGAUAAUGUUCCCCAACGAACGGACCACCUUGGACGAUUGCCACCUGCGCUACUUCAAACUGGAGAGCGGUGAAGUUGGACCUCCCCACGGCACGGCUGCUCGCUUCCGGGAGUUUGCCCACAUGGCUGCGAUCGGUUGGACCGACCUGGCGAACGAAAGCAUCGAGUGGCAGUGCGGUGGAUCACUGAUUUGGGACAACUUUGUCCUGACGGCUGCCCAUUGCGCGGUGGAUUCGCGAAAUCGUGCUCCCGAUGUGGUCCGACUUGGGGAUUUGGAUUUGUUUACCGCGGUGGACGACGCGCACGCGCAGCAGUUUGGGAUCGUGGCGAUUGUCCGACAUCCGGAGCACAGGUUCGCUGCAAGGUAUCACGAUAUUGCACUGCUGAAGCUGGACCGGAAUGUGAGAUUUACUCUUACGGUGUCACCGGCGUGUCUGUGGGCUGACGAAGAGGUUAGAUUUCCUACGUUGACAGCGACCGGGUGGGGAAACACCGGAUUCGCUAUGAAGCGUACUCCAAACUUGCUCAAGGUAACACUCAAACCAAUCGACAACAAACAGUGCAGUGAGGUGUACACAUCAGGGGAUCGAAAGCUACGCAGUGGUCUCCAGGAACAACACAUCUGCGCCGUCGAUGAGAAGAUGGACACUUGCGAGGGUGAUUCUGGAGGACCACUACAGGUCAAGUUACUCCACAACUCGCGGAUGUCCCCCUUUCUGGUUGGUGUAACGUCCUUCGGGAUCACCUGUGGGGCGUCUCAUCCGGGGGUUUACACCAGGGUUUCGUUCUACCACGACUGGAUAGUGACGACGAUGCGAAGUCAGGGGGCUGUGGGGUUUGAAGAAAACUACAACGCAACGUUGUGUACAUUGCGAUUCGCGGAAUAUCGGGAGUUUGAUGAGGCGGUAGUCGUCCGCCAGAAGGACCAUGAGGCUGAGAUUGAUGGUACGAAGAUGAGAAUCCGCGAAGCGCCAAUUCCAGAACAGAUGGUACAAAUUCGAUGGUUCAGGAAAGAUAGGGAUUGCUACGGAGUGAUCGUUGACGAAGAUACAGUGCUGACCGUUGCUGAUUGUGCAGAAUUUGAAGAAGAGCCUCCAUCGUUCAUCACAUAUCUGGAAACUAAACUGAUGGCCAUUUCGAGUAUUCACGUGCAUCCGGACCACGUCCGGGGAUCGGGUUAUAACAACAUUGCGAUUCUGAAGAUGAGUCAACUGCUUGAUUUACCUCUAGACUUUCAACCUUCGUGCAUCUGGCACGAACCUGACCUCCAAGGUUCAGUAAACGCCUACGGAAGAGGUCGACGUGAUAUCAAUAAAUUUGGAUCAUCUAAGCUAGAUCCAACCGAAUCCAACCAUUUGAUCCAAUCACCGGUGCAGAAUGCAAGCAGUUGCAUUCUUUCCAAGCAGUUCGACCAACGACUUCCCCACGGCCUAGCCAGCGAACACUUUUGCGUUGGAAACGACGUAUUUCAGGUGCCCGGAUCGUGCAAUCAGCUGGCCGGCAGCAUAUUUGACAGAACACUCUUCAAAAAGAACAACAAAUACCACCAUACCAUGGCGUUGAGCCUGCUCGGAAGGGAUUGUGGCUUUGGGGAACACCUUAUCGGAACUCGGCUUGCGAGUCACGUCGAGUGGAUGAAAUCGGUGCUGCUUCCGGAAUACGGAGAGGUCGCAAGUGUCCUUCGAUACAUUGAUCCUGAUCUACGGGAAAAAGAUUCAUGUGAAGAUCGUGGACGAUGCGUCCCUGUUGAGCAAUGUUCAGUUUCUUGGAGAAGGCUUGGUACUUUUGUACCAACAGUUCCGUAGUUUGCUGUCCUGUUGACAAAGCUGAAAAACUCAGUAAAAUUCAUCCGGAUAUUCUUGCUUGUCCAAAUUUUGUUCGUAAUCUUCCUCGCUUAACAAUAACUGGCUCGUUUGUCCAGAUCGGUUGGACUCGGAAUCGAACCAACCACUUCCUCUGUUCCGGAUCAAUACUGAACGAAGAAGUGAUUCUUACCACGGCAAGCUGCCUUGGAGAUGAUCCUCCCCAAGUAGUUUCCCACCACCACACACCGUACCUGUACCGAGUCGGAGCAGCUUUGAAACAUCCCGCGUACAACGCCACCACCAAGAACAACGACAUCGCGCUGAUCCAGCUGAGGGAUGGGCUCAGCUGGAGUUCGGUGCUGUUUCCGGCCUGUCUUUGGACCAACUCGACCCACACGCCCAUCGUCAUGAAGAUGCUGUUUCUGGACCAAUCUGACGCACUCAAGCUCUUCACCGUACAUCCCAUGUACAACUCGGACUGCCAGCGGACGCACCCCUACCGAAUGCCGAGCUCUCAGCUCUGUGUGAGGGAUCCCGGCCGGAAUACGACCUGCGUCAGUACUACCGAUCAGGCGGUUUGGCUCGAUCCGGAAGGGGUGCCCUUCCUGGUCGGAUUGACGCCGCAUGCGGAAGAGUGUGUUCAGUGGAGGUAUUCUGUUCUGACGAGGAUUUCCUCGCACUUGGAGUGGAUUGGAGGAUAUUUGUUUUAGAAAUUGAAA